AUGAUAACCUAUUUGAAAUAUCUUACUAUUAUUUCAGUUCUCCUUUUUGCUACCUUGUAUGGGCUAGAUGAAGGCCCGUAUGAGGUUAAUUGUCCCGACUAUCCUCUAAUCAGGGAGGCAAAUGUAUGUUUGAUUAAUGAGACUUUUUGUGUAAAUAAGUCCAACAUACUAACUCAUAAAUAUUUUAUGACUUCCCUAAAGAAUGAACUCUGCCCAGAAGAGGAAUUGUACCUCAAGAAUAGGAAACGAUUACUUCAAAAUAACAUCAGACAAUAUUUAACUGGAUUAGAUCGUAUAAAUUUUACUCCAGAAAUGUACGAUUUAAUUGCAAAACAUCCACCUAGGCUCGGCGUUGCUAUAUCAGGUGGAGGUUAUAGAUCAAUGUUGACCGGAUCUGGGUUUUUAAAAGGGUUGGACGAAUUUAAAUUGAUAGAUUGUCUUAGUUACAUAUCUGGUCUCUCUGGUGGUAGUUGGAUCUUAAUGGAUUUGAUUAUACAUGGAUUUGAUAUAGAUAAGCUAUUAAAGAAUUGGGAUUUGAAAGAUGGGUUGUUAGAGGGAAUUCCAGAAUUUGACAUUAGUCAGAAGGAUAUAGUUUCCGGUAUGGGAAAGAAUAGAGCUCUAAUGGAAAAACGAUUGGAGAAGAGGAUGUAUCAUUUCAAAAACUUGGAAACUAAUGGUAAGCAAUUUGAUGAAUUUUAUGACUUUUUUGAAAAUAUCUGGACCCCUUUAGAUGAAGAAGGAAGUAAAAUAUUCAAUGGUACUUUAGUAAAACGUGGAGAUCACCCAUUAGAGAGGUUAAAACUGCUAAUUUUUGGGAAUAGCACCUCACAAAAUUCUUCAGUUAUUUACUCUUUCAAGAAAUUUAGACAAGUUCUAGACUUUUAUACUGAUUUGCAUCUUGAAGUUCGAAAGAAAAAAAUUCAAGGCUUUUAUGUAUCAUUUACAGAUUAUUGGGGUAAAGCCUUGAUUAAAAGAUUGAAACAUAAUGAUAAUAAUACAUCGAUAAUCGGGACAACAAAUUCUUUAACGAAGCUAAUUCAAAAUAAUGAUAAAUUCCAGAAAUUUGAAGCACCCAUUCCAAUUUUCAUUGCAAACUGCAGGAAUGGACAUCUUCGAAAUAAAAUCUUUGAAUUUACCCCCUUUGAAUUUGGUUCUUGGGAUGAUAUGUUAAGAUUGUUUGUCAAAUUACCAUAUUUAGGUUCAAAAAUCAUAAAGGGUGUGCCAGAAAUUUGUUAUAAUGAUUUUGAUGACAUUGGUUUUAUUACAGCAACAUCUUCUUCAAUCUUCAAUAAUGUUAUCCUUUAUAUAUGGCAAUUAAUUUCGGAAUCUUCUCAUGAAGUAAUGAAGGCCAUUGAAACGGUCAUGGGAUUGUUCGGGAUAAGUAGUAAGCAACUUGAACAAUUAGAUGAAAUGAAUUCUAUGAUACAACCGGAAACCGAUUAUGCUGUAUAUCAUUAUAACCCAUUUUAUCAAUAUCCUGGGAAUGAUAAUGAUUUCACUCGUGAUUCUCAUUUAUAUCUGGUUGAUGGUGGUGAAGAUGGAGAGAAUAUACCGUUACGGCCUUUGUUGAUACCUGAAAGGGAUAUGGAUGUCAUUUUUGUUAUUGAUUCAAGUUCAGAUAAAAAUAAUUUUGCGAAUGGGACCAAGUUAUUAUAUAUAUUCAAGGAGCUCGAGAAACAAGGAAUUCAUUACAAAGUCCCAAAAGAAUUGAAGAAGUUUGGUAAGAGUCAAAAUCACCCUUUAAUCAUUGGAUGCCAUGCAAAAUCAAACAACGGUGUACCUUUACCAAUAAUUAUUUAUUACCCUAAUGCGGAGUAUAGUUUCCCUUCAAACACAUCUACUUUCAAAGUAAUGUACGAUGACAAUGAGACAAGUUCUAUGUUACAAAAUGGGAAAGAUAUUUUUACUGAUGAUAAUAACCCUUUUUAUAAGAACUGCCUUGGCUGUAUUAUUUCUAAAAGAUCUAUUGACAAACAUGGUGAUGGUAUAAAUUAUUCAAAAUUUUGCAACAAAUGUUUUAAAAAAUAUUGUGCUUCAUAA